AAACAAUAAAGUGUUAGACCGCAAAGCCUGGGAUCAUUUCAAGACUUAUCAGUGUUUUUCCUCCGCAGAUCGACAUCCUGCACAUGGACGACGUUCUCUGCGAAGGUUACUCGCUCAUGGACGUGGCCUACAUCUACGCCUGGAAGAGGGAUUCUCCCCUACGCCUCGCUUUCCGGGUGUACUCCCAACCUGCAAAUCGACCUGCCUCGACGGACACGGCUGGGGGCCAGGCGGUCGUCGACGAGAGGCACUGCGACGGGAACCCGGCCGGACAACAACCGCAGUGUCCCCGGGAAGAGACGACGGCACCCGGUCCACCGGUGCCGGAGGAGUCUUCAGCGGGAGUGGAGGAAGGCGUCGCCCAGAGCGUCGCGAGUCCGGAAUCGGACGCUGCAGGACCUCCCGCGACGCUGGUGCCGAGGGACACGCAGCCGCCAAAUGGGGCUGCGGGCGCUGACACCCUGCCCGUCGUUCCCGCUGCGGAGACGCGCCUACCGGAGACACGGGACGCGUCGAUGGCGGCAGAGACGCCUGCUGGCUUCGGGAGUGCCCAGGCCGCGGAAACGGUCCUGUCCUCCUCCCCGCAGCAGGAACAGCGGCAGAAGGCGUCUGAGCCUCACGCCGAAAGUCCUCCCGCCCUGUCCAAGAUUACCAUCAGCACCCUGGACAGGAGCAGCAACAAGAUCACCAUCCAGACGAAGGAGGUGCCCCCGGCAGUGGCGCAGGCCAUGUCCCCGCCCCGCUCCCCGCAGUCCAGGAAGUCCAGGCGCAAGGAGCAACGGGACGCCGAGCGGACGCUGCAGCAUGCCAGACUCCAGGGACGGCCUCCAGACAGUCAGGGGCGCCCCUGGAGCCGCUCUCCGGAGCGACCGGACGGAGCGACGACGGCCAAGAACCGGAAGCUGGACGGCGCCGAUUUCGCCGAGGUCGACGUCGCACGAGGCCGCGGCGAGACCCGCCCUGCUUCGCCCGGCAAACUGCCUCCCGAGUGCGCGUCGCUCCCGGAGCCGGCCAAAAAGAGCCAGAGUUCCACCGGGAACGGCUCGGAGGCCGGCAACCCCGGGCUGCCCGCUCCUCCACCCCAGGCCCACCCUCAAACCCCAAGGACCCCUCCCGCCGCCCCGCUCGCCUCGAGCGCCUCGAAAGGCGAGGAAGACACGCGGCCCCUCGACCUCUCGGUGUCCCACCGGGGCCUGCCGGCACCGGCGCCCGUACGCAGGCCUGUUGGGAGGCCUCCCCUCGUGCUGCCCACGGCGUGCCCAUCGGGGACCGCCAAGGGGACCUCCUUGCCCUCCCCGUACCGCAGGGCGGCGGCGUCGUCCCCCGCGGUGUCGCUGUACCAGAAGCCGGCCGUGGCGGUCAGCCAAGCCGCCACGUCCUCGCCCCUGUCGCAGCAGCACCACCACCACCACAACCACCACCGGAGCGGCAGCAGGGGCUUCCUCAAGGGCGCCAACCUGACGUGCAUCAACCCGGACCCGGACGCCUUUCACCCGCGCAUCGUCAUCAAGAACCUACAAACGCGCGCUUCCGGCGUACGCUUCAACAAGAUGUGAGGCCGCUUCGCCGAGCCGCCCUUUCCCUCGAGGGGGACGGCGUGGCAUGUACAUUAGCGUUCGAACGUGAAGGUUUCAGUAGCGUAAGGCGGACGCGUAACGUCUCGAAGAGCGUUGCGCCAAGCUUGUACGCACAUAUCCCUUGACGCGCAAUCGACUGCAGUCAAUAGGGAAUUGUAGUAGACCGUUUUUCUCCUGCGCUACGGUAUCCCUGAAGAAAACGCCUCAGCUGCGCAUG